AUGGAGAGCAUAAAUGUCUCGGAGCUCGUAGAGCGCCUGGGGAGCGAUGAGGACCCUGUGAGGAAAAUGGCAGUCUUCAAAUUGCAAACGAGCAUUGCCGACCCUUCCUUCGCCGAUGUGUUCAUCUUGGAGGGUGGCUUGUCAAAACUGCGAUAUCUCGUCCUGAAUACGACGGGCAACACUCUGGCUUACAGUCUUACAUCGUUUUCAAGGCUAUUAGAGGUGGACAAAGGCUGGGACUGUAUUGAUCAAGACGUCGUGGAAAGAAUGGUGGAGCUGGUAGUCACCCACCCACUCGUCAAUAUCCUUCGGGGUGCAAUGUCAAACCUUGCAUCCAUUGUAUCCCAUCCCUCCGCCGCUACGGAUCAAUUGUCACAGUCCGAUACUUUUGGUUUUCGUGCCCUCAAACCAGCAAUUGCGAUAUAUCCUCAAUUUCUUGAGAGACUUGUCACCAGACUUUCUGCCGCCGACCACGCUUUGUGCGGCAACGCCCUCCAAUUGAUCAAUUCACUCAUGCGAGAGGCUAUCACGAAUGAUACCGAGUCAGACUGGCCAAAACUUAUAAGGAGACUACAAGAUCUGGGAGUGAUAGAGGCUGUAUAUGGGCUCAUGCAGAGCACAGCUUUGCAAGACCUUUCGCAGCCUCUACUCGAAUAUCAAACACUGACCAAAGUGCUUUUGCGGAAAUGGAGGGAUGUGCCUAUCAUACUGGAGAAACCAGAGCAUCGGCGGGCGUUGAAGAGUAUACAUGCUGCGAGUAAAACUGAAAGACCAGCUACGCCUGUAGACAGUGGGGAUGAGGACCCCAAAAAGAAGCCGAAUCCUGAGAAAUGGAGGAGGUUAGGCUUUGAAACGGAGAAUCCUGCUUUGGACUUCGAGGAGACAGGGUACUUAGGGAUGAUAGACCUGACAGAGUAUGUCAACAAGUAUCACGACACUUUUCAAAGGCAGAUCGCAGAGCAGUCCUCUUCAUCCACAGCUCAUAAAUGUCCGCUUGCAAGAGUAAGUCUCGCUGUCACUGCUAUCCUUCUCGAGACUUUCGAAGUAGACAAAGCCGAUGUUGACGACGCUAAAUUUCAAUUGGCGUACGAUUCAAAGCAAAACUUUGACAAGAUCUUCAGACCCCUGUUGCUGCAGUGGUCGGUGUUGCAUAACGCAGGCUUACAAGCGUUCUUUCGUCUAUGGCGGACUACCGACGCAGAGACUGAAGACUUCUUCAAGAUAUUUGAUCUAGUCCGGAUACUCUUUGAAUCCGUCGCCGGCACCGCAACACGUACUAAAGACCUUAAAGACGUGCAAAGAGAGAUAGCUGAGUAUGAGCUCUCGAAGCUUCGAGAGACGCAAAUGCAAAUAAUGGAAUUGACUUACGAAGGCAAUUGGAGACGUCAGCUUUCCCAGAUCAAAGAUGAGCUCAGUCAUGAAGCACUGCAGUUUGUAAAGGAGCAGCGCAUACGGUGUUUAUUGGCAGGCGCCUGGUUCCCAAUCAAUUCGAAACCCGAUGAGUCGAGCAAUGGGGCCACAUCACACACAAACACCUUCCGCUAUGCCAAACUCUCCCAUAACCGGCGCUAUCUUCAUUACUCUGAUUUCGAUAUGCGUGGGGAAGCCGAUCCAAGUCUUGAGGGCCUUUCGGAAAAGAUCGACCUUUCAGCAGUGACUUCAGUAACCUCCAAUGUCUCAGCUUCAAGAGGGCCAUCCGCCCGAUCAUCCGUAGAAACGCUCAAAACUUCACAGCAACGCCCCGCAACCAAUACCAGAAUCUCAAUCCACGGCCACGCAUCGGGAUCCGGUCCGAACCCAACCUCGCAGAGCGAUAGCCGCAAUGGAUCUCGACUUGGUCAUACACAUCAGCGGAAACACUCACAUCAGCAGAAGGAGACGACGCUCCUAAUACUGCACCCUCAAACACAAGCAUUGGCAUCCGAAUGGCUUGACGGGCUUCUGAUGCUCUUGAAUCAACAACCAAUCACUAAUGACACAUCGAAGCUGAUCAACAUGAUCCGAGAUUACGGCUUGAAGAUCAGACUCUUAAACGUGCGAUUCGACGAAAUGGGCAUGAAUGGUCCGGGCGAAGGUCCGGAGAUGCCCAGCCGCGAAGGCCUCGACGAAGACUUCUACUACGACGACUUUGGAGGAUGA